AUCUUGCCAAUCGAGUCGGACGGGUACCAACGGAAAGACAACGAAAUAGUAGGGGUCAGCUUGGAGCCACAGCAGGAGCUAUCACCCUCGAAAUUCUGCACAGUAAACGCUUUGCAUAGCUCUUGUAAGGGCAAUAACAGAAUCAAAAUGGGACUCUUCAUUUUGAGUGAGACCAGCGCUGGUUAUGCGCUCUUCAAGGCCAAGGACAAGAAGCUUCUCAAAGAUGGCGACAAGAACCUCAACUCGGUUGAGGGCGCCGUGAAUGCGCUUAAAUUGAAAAAGUUCACUAAAUUCGAGAACGCUGUUACCGCACUCAACGAAGCGGCAGCCCUCUCAGAUAGCAAAGUCAGCCCUAUGCUGUCUACGCUUCUGGACGAACUCAAGGACGAGACCAAAUCCUCUCUUGCAGUCGCCGACCCAAAACUCGGCAACGCCAUCGCUCAGCUCCCCGGUCUUUCCCUCAAGGUCCUCAGCGACUCUUCCACCCAGGAUGUUUACCGCGCCAUUCGCGAGCACCUGCCCUCUCUCGUCACCGAUCUGGUCCCCGCCGAGGUCGACUCUACCCGCCUGGGUCUUUCGCAUUCUCUGUCACGACACAAGCUGAAGUUCUCGCCUGAUAAAGUGGAUACAAUGAUCAUCCAGAGUAUCGGCAGUCUCGAUGUGCUAGACAAGCAGCUCAACACAUAUGCUAUGCGUGUCAAGGAGUGGUACGGAUGGCAUUUCCCGGAACUGGCCAAGAUCUUGAACGACAAUCUCGCAUACUCGAGGGUGGUUAUCAAGAUGGGAUUCAGGUCAAAUGCUCGCGAGGCUGAUCUCUCCACUAUUCUCCCAGAAGAAAUCGAAACCGCUGUGAAGGCCGCUGCUGAGAUUUCCAUGGGUACGGAAAUCAGCGAUGAGGAUCUCGAGGCUACUACUGCCCUUGCCGAGCAGGUCGUGGAUUUGACUGAGCACCGUCAAAGCCUCUCCAACUACCUCUCUACCCGUAUGCAGGCGCUUGCGCCCAACCUUACUGCUCUUGUCGGAGAUCUCGUCGGUGCCCGUCUUAUUGCCCACUCUGGUUCGCUGAUGAACCUCGCCAAGUCUCCCGGUUCUACUAUUCAGAUCCUUGGUGCCGAAAAGGCCCUCUUCCGCGCUCUCAAGACCAAGCACGACACACCUAAAUACGGCCUGAUCUACCACGCGUCCUUGAUCGGACAAGCCACCGGCAAGAACAAGGGUAAGAUUGCACGUAUGCUUGCCGCCAAAUCCGCCCUUGGUCUUCGCGUCGAUGCGCUUAGCACAUGGGGUAUUACCUCAGAGAACCCCGCCGAUGAGCCUACCGAAGAGGAGAAGUCACAGCUUGGUCGUGACGCACGCAUCGGAAUUGAGAGGCGGUUACGCGCGCUCGAGGGCAAGCCUCUCAAGAGCUUGCCGAACGCCAACGCGACCUCCCUUGGAGCGCCCAAGUGGGAACUCAAGGAGGCUCGCAAGUACAACCCCGACGUGGAUGGUCUUGCCGGCGAUGAGCCGGCGGCGAAGAAGUCCAAGAAGGCGCAGGUCAACGGCACUCCCAAGAAGACUGUACAGGAGGAGCCUGAGAGCAGCGAGGUGGAAGACGAUACGACGAUGAUGGACGCGGAUGCCGGUGCGCAAGAGUCGGAUUCCGACGAUGAUGCUGGUGACGCGAGCAAGGCGGCGAAGAAAGCCGAGAAGGAAGCCAGGAAAGCACGCAAAGCGGAGCGGGCGGCCAAGCGCGAAGCCAAAGCGGCAAAGAAGGCAGCCAAGGAAGCGAAGAAGAGCGGCGGCGACGACAAGGAGGAGAAGAAGAGGAAACGGGACGACGACGAGGUCAAGGACGCCAAGAAGAAGAAGAAGAAGAACAAGGACUAGGUGUUCUCUGCGAUACCUUCUCCUCUAUCUCGUCGAUGUCGAUUUCGUCGGUAAUUCCCUCAUGUACGACUCCUGUGUCAUCUCGUUCUUCUACUUUCAUCUCUGUCUCUUCGAGUCUUUAAAACGGCGGAUGGCGUUUUCUGAAUGGAAAUCUUUUCAUAUUGUGUUCAAAAUGUCUACCCUGUCUCUACGUGUUUUGCUACAUUGAUUGGAAUGGAGGCCUGCAUGAUUGAGACUGGACAUCUUUCAGAUAUUUGUACACGUUCUUUGGUUGCCAUGUCCGUUGGUGAGUGUAUAUACUCCGACGCCAUGGUUUCGACAUAUGCAUGCAUGCAUCGCCAGCGCCACAAAAGAAAAUAUCAUGAUUCUACCCCUUAUUUCUUGAUCCAUCCUUGAGGCAAGAGCCCAAAAGAAGGCAAAGGAGUUCCAAACACACAACCCACUCCAUUGACCCAAGAAAUCCGAUGAAGAUCUUAAACCACCCCAGCUCCCCUACCCUCUUCUCUCCCCCCUCUUCCAAC